UCUCACACCUUCCAUGCAAGAAUCAAUCAGCCUGCUUCUUGAAAAUCGGAAUACCUGUGGAAUUCCAAAUGAAAAUCCUUUUCUCUUUGCACGCCCGUAUGCAAUGACAUUUUUCAGAGGCUCUGAUUGCAUUCGCGAAUUUGCUGUUGCAUGUAGUGCAAAAAAUCCUCAGACUCUUACAUCAACAAAGUUGAGAAAACAGAUCGGGACACUUUCUGAAGUUCUUAAUCUUAGCAACACAGAGUUAGAUCAGUUGGCAGACUUUCUAGGCCAUGACAUUCGAGUUCAUCGUCAAUUUUACAGGUUACCCGAAGGCACCCUCCAACUGGCCAAAAUUAGUAAAAUUCUUCUGGCCCUCGAAAAAGGACGCUUGGCAGACUUUAAAGGGCGAAAUCUUAAUGAAAUCAACAUAGAUCCAGAAGAGGAAGUUACAGUGGACAGUGAUUUGGAGGAGUCCACUUCUAGUCCAAAAGAGUGCACCACAGUAUCAUCAUCACAGCACACGGUUUGUGAGAACGGCACACUUCCAGCAGACCCAGUCUCCAAAAAAAAGAGAGGUUACGUUAAGAAGACGGCCUGGAACAAACUUGAGAUACAGGCUGUGGAGAAGCAUAUGAUGAGGUUUAUUAACAAUCACAAAAUUCCAGGAAAGGCAGACUGCAUGAGGUGUAAAGAGGCGGAACCACUUGCACUUAAAAAUAGAGAGUGGUCUACACUUAAAUUUUACAUCAAAAAUCGAAUCUCCGCUCUAAACAGAAAAUAUCUGCCAAAUUAAUUGACACACUGUCAGACUGAAUUGUUCAUUGGUAGAAACAAGCUUUUAUAGUUUUAAAACAAGCUUCCAUAGUCAAAUGGUUAGCGCAAUAGACCAUCAGUUCCAUAUUAUUGUUUGGAAAUGUAGAUUGUUCUUUAGAAAAUUAAGGCAUUUUAAAUAACUUUUAGACUGGAGUCUUUUUUUUCAUCCUUGUCUGCUUCAAAUGUAGAAUUGUUUUUCUAUAAAUGCAGACAUGGUAGAUUUUCAUUCUAUUGUACUUGUUUUCAAAAACUUGAGAAUGCAGUGUUUGUCAUGAAGGGUUUUAUUAAUAUAUUUUUUUUAAUUCAACUAGUGUUUACUGUGAACAUCUUUAUGAAAUAUUUCUGCAAAUUUUUGUGGACGACUGAAACUUAUGCUAAUGUUUCUGACCCUGACUGUUGACGUACUAAUGUUAUGAGUUUUGAAAAUGUAUGUCAUAUACUGUAUAACACUUUUUUUUUUUUUACUAAACCUUUAAAAGUACUAAGUUAAUUUUGUUUCUACAUCUAAAACAAACAUCUCCAAAAUCAAUUAAAGCAUGGAGCAGAUUGUAGCUCCUUUUCUGUCUAAAGUA